AUGCAAGUACACUCUUCCGAUGACUACGCCGCCAGGACCAGCGCGGCUGGUUGCAAGCUUGCGGUCAACCUUUUCGCGCAGCUGGACGGCGACAAGGACGCACUUAUCUCUCCGCUCGGCGUGCAGCUGGCGCUGGCCGUCGUUCUGGCGGGCAGCGCUGCCGGCGAGACCGCUAACCAGCUCCUCACCGGCAUGGGUUUUAGCCCUGACUUGAGUCGGGAGCAAGUGCUCUCUGCCAUGGUGACUCUUGUCGCUGACAUCAAGCACUCGGAGAAGGCGGCAUUGGUGGUGGAGAACACAUUGUGGGUGGAUACCACGCUGCCGCUCGACCCCGCGUUCACCGCGCGCCUGGCCGCCCUUGCCUCCGAUGCCUCCGCCGCCAACUUCGCCCUUCUUGACCGGGAGCAGGUGGCGCUCAGCGCCUUUCUGGCGAAGACCAACAAACCGCGCUAUCCCCCUCGCCCGUUCACUGAUACCAACGGGUUGGCGGUGAUCAACGCUGUUGGGUUCAAGGGCGAGUGGGAGAACAAGUUUCCCAGAGAGAACACCUGGGCCGCGCCCUUCCACCAGCUUGGAAGCGGCGUCGCCGUAGAUGUGCAGAUGAUGCGCCACUCGUCGGUGUCGGUCGCACACGGCACCUUCGAGCACCACUCUAUGGUGAGCCUUCCCCACGAGGCCGGCCUGCUGCGCCUGCUGGUCCUACUGCCCCACGUCAACUCGGCCGAGGCUCUCGCUGCGGUGCGGGCGUCGCUGAUCGGACUGAAGGAGCAGUACACGGAGCUGGCCAAGGGUCGUCGUAAGUGGGUGGAACUGCAAUUGCCCAAAUUUCAGGUCUCCAUCGAGCAGGAGCUUUCGCCGGUGCUCAAGUCGAUCGGCAUCACCGAGCCCUUCGCCGAAGAGAGCGCUGACUUCGUCGGCAUCACCGCCCAAAACCUGUCUGCCGACCCCGAGAGAUCGCUGCUGCACUUGGGUAAGGUGGUGCACAAAUCGCUCCUCACGGUCGAGGAAGCCGGCACUUACAUAAGUGUGCCGCCCGCUGCUGGCGCCUCGGACGACAAGCCACGACUUAGCCAGCCUGCAGCCCUGCGCUUUGUGGUGGACAGGCCAUUUGUGUUUGUGAUCUACCACGCUCAGUUUCACUGCCCUGUCUUCAUCGGCCAAGUUGUCCAGCCCACGCUGUAG